GUACCAGUCGCUAAGAAAUGACUUUUCUAUGUUGACCAAUGAGAUUGAUCCGUGAGAAACUGUAUUAUUAUCAAAAUGGUGAAUGUUAUGAAAGGAGUUUUAGUGAAAUGUGACCAGGCCAUGAAACAAUUUCUUCUACAUCUAGACGAAACAUUAAAAUUAGGAAAAAAAUUCAUCAUUCAAGAUUUGGAUGAAAAUCAUUUAUUUAUUUCAGCUGAUAUUUUAGAUACUCUACAAGUGAAAAUUGAUGAUUUGAUGGACCAGAUUAGUUUUCCAUUGACAGAUAAAAGCGCCUAAAUAAAUACUCAGCACAAUGACUAUCUCAAAGUCUACACUUCGCGGUUCAAAUCGCAU